AUGCCUUUCUCCCGUGCGCCGAAAACUUCUCCUUGCACCGUUUUUCCUGUGCGCCAUCUUCUCGCCCACCUUCUUCCCGUGCGCCACCUUCUUCAUACUGCUGUCGCCCACCUUCUUCCCGUCGCCAUCGCUGCAUCAUCAAUCGGAGGUAAGUUCUACUUGGCCGAUGCUGGAUAUAUGUUGAGGUCAACAUUUCUCACUCCAUAUCGAAGCACUCGAUAUCAUUUGAAAGAAUAUUCUCGACAUUCGUCUGAAAACCCAAAAGAGUUAUUCAACUUAAGACAUUCCUCAUUACGCAAUGCAAUUGAAAGAGCUUUUGGUGUUUUGAAGAAUAGGUUUCCAAUAUUAGAAGAAAUGUCUAGAUAUGAUGUAGAGACAGUGAGUGAAAUUGUUUUAGCAUGCUGCAUCUUGCACAACUUAUUAGUGGAUUUUGAUCCAGAUGAAGAAAUUAUUGCACAAGUUGAUAGGGAUCUCAUGAAUAAUGAGCCUGGUCAUGGACUUGCUAAUGGAGCAAUUGCUAGAGGAGAAGAUGGACGAAGGGGGGAAAUCUUAAGAGACUCUAUUGCCGCACAAAUGUGGAAUGAUUAUAUAACUAGACAUUGA